AUGGCCGUUGUGCUUAACUCGGAAGAGAACAGCUACUUCUCCUCGAGUCCCCUUCGACGAUCCCAUUCCCAGCCCAAGUUUGUGACACAGCCGGCCUACUCGAAUACGCCGUCCAGAUCAAAGAGCAAUAGCAGCUUCAAUACCGUGAUUUCACCCUCCCAAUCCGCCUCUUCGUCAGCCCCUUCGUCGCCACGAACUCUGACAGCCGAUUCUGCCGCACACUCAUACUCCUCGACUCCGGCAAGCAGCUUGUCACUCGACAAUAACUGCGACGACCAGGACGACGAGGACCAGAUUGUCUUCCCUUCCUACGACGACGUCGGAUACUACGAUCAAGUCGAAGACCUGGAACCACCGGCAAGCCCCCGCACAGGUGAUUCUUACACCGUUUCACCUACCUCGAACAGCACAUCGACAAAUGUGUCGCGGCCAGAAACCCCGGAGCCCGUGGAACAUGCUGAGGACGAUACGGCAGUUCGAACGCAGCCAUCGAGACAUGUAGAUUAUCUAUCGCACGAUUGGAAAGAGGAGGACAUCUGGUCGUCUUGGAAGCACAUUGUGUCGAAGCGAAAAGCUUAUGGGAACAGUGCUAGAUUAGAAAACGCGUCGUGGCGAACGUGGACAAAGUCGAAGAACAAAUUGAAGACAGUGUCUCCAGAAACGCUCAAUUGGCUCAAGGAUUGUGAUGUUACUUGGCUAUAUGGCCCCCUCCAGACGGGAUCAGACAAGACCUUACAUCUACCCUCGACCUCUCCCGUGAGUAGCAGUCGAAUAUCUAAGUCCAAUUCUUUCUUGCAGAAGAAGCCAAUCUUGAAGAAGCGGAGUGUGUCAGAGAUAAUGCUUCAGAGGUCGUUAUCAUCAUCGUCCCUUCUAAAACAAGCAGCAGCCGCCGUUCAGGCACAGCAGUAUGAGAACGAUGGAAUGAUGCGGCCGUCCAUCGGCCGUAGAACUUCAGAAUACGCCUAUCCAUUCUCUUCAAGACGCUUGAGUCGAGAGAACACUACUAGUAUGCUGUCGUCCAUCUCCUCGUCAGGCCUGGCUUCUCCGGGAACGGGAGAGAAGAAGCACAUCCACUUCAAUGAACAGGUCGAACAGUGCAUAGCUCUAGAUAUGAAAGGAGAUGACGAUGAAGAGCCUGACUCCUUUGCAGUCCACGACUAUGAUAGCGAUUCUGAUGAUGGCGCAAUCAUGAUGAAGAGGAGUAAUUCCAAACGUCGACUGCCUCCCCUUCACAGCAGAACGACUACCCCUCGACAGAGCUUCACGGCAGAGAGCAAGACGAUCGCAAUGCUCCCUUCGACGACACUGAAAUAUAGAGCAGAUACACCCGAGCCUCCUGAAACUGCUAUGAAGCAUAGUAGUGGAGUAUGGAACGGGACCAAAUUGUCGCCUUCACCCUCCCAAGAAACCUUGAGACCGUCAAAGCCUUCGAGUAGGAUGCUACUUGGGGAGGAUGAAGAAGACGAUGAUAUGGACUGGCAGCCCCCGACAGCCUUCGCCAAUCGCAAGGAUAGUGUCUCCGUUACCCAGGAACGAUUCCAGAGCCUCCACACGUCCGGCUCUUCGUCCAGUCUGAACGGUGAACCCUCGGGAAUGAGAAGGACGCCCUCUGGCAUGUUCAUGCCGUGCGAGGAGGAUGAGGAUGAUGUGGUUUCUGAAGGCCUGUUUGGGAAAGUGGUGGACACUGUGAACACGGCCAAGGACAUUGCUCAUGUAAUCUGGAAUGUGGGAUGGAGACGGUAG